AUGAAUCGUUCGAGGUUAUACAAGUAUUCUGGAAAAGAUGAGGAAUUGCGUCGCAGGAGAAAUGAUCAGUCAGUUGAACUAAGAAAAGUUAGAAAAGAGCAGCAGCUUCUUAAACGCCGCAAUGUUCUGGUUGAUGUAGAAGAAACUUCUCCAUUACGCGAACAAACAAGCAUCCAGCUGCCUCUCGACUAUAAACAAGUUGUUGCUGAUCUUGCUUCGUUGGAUAUAAAGGUAGUCAGUGAAGCAGCUGUGAAUUGCCGUAAAAUCCUCUCAAAAAUGAAGAACCCACCCAUUGAUGAGCUUGUGGACUUAAAUGCCCACACGGCUCUUACCAAAUUGCUGGAUAUGGAUAAUAUUAACAUUGUGUUUGAAGCUGCUUGGGCACUCACAAACAUUGCAUCUGGAGAAUCCAAGCACACUAAAGCUGUUGUAGAAUGCAACUCCGUGCCAAAAUUAAUUGGGUUACUGGAUCAUUCAGAUAUUCGCAUCGCUGAGCAGAGUAUUUGGGCUCUUGGUAAUAUUGCUGGAGAAGGUCCUAGUUAUCGUGAUAUGCUCAUCAAACUCGGCAUUGUUGCACCCUCUCUGCGACUUCUACAACGCUCUUGGGAUAAUCCUAGUGUAGUCUCAAAUAUUGCUUGGGUAUUGUCCAAUCUAUGUCGCAACAAUAAUCCAUGUCCGCCGAGGAGCACGGUUCUUGAACUUAUACCGGUCUUCGUGCAACUUUUUGAUUUUGUUGGAAGUGAGGAUAUCAUUAUAGAUACUGCAUGGGCUAUUUCCUACAUAACUGACUGCGGAGAUAUGUACAUUGAUGAUAUUCUCGGAAGCGGUUGUGUUCCACGUCUAAUUAGAUGUCUAGGGACUGAUAUCCCUAGACUUGUUUCACCUGCCCUGAGGUCAUUGGGUAACCUUAUUCUCGGAACAGAUGAGCAAACGCAGCGUGUUUUGGAUUGUGGCUUACUCGAGCACGUUGCCCAAGUUCUUGUCAAUGGAAAAUCAACAAUUGUUAAGGAAUCUUGCUGGUUGUUAAGUAAUGUUACUGCCGGUACGAAACAUCAAAUUCAAAUGGUUAUUGAAGCGGGAAUUGUGCCCAUGCUUUUGAAGUGGAUCCGAGAGGGAGAUUUCAGAGUACAAAGGGAAGCUUGUUGGGCUAUCAGUAACAUCGCUAUUGGUGGAAGUCCCGAGCAGCAGGCUAUUUUACUUAAUCUUGGAAUUUUCAAUGCACUAAGUGAUUUACUCAAGGUCUCUGACGCCAAACUCGUGAGCCUAGUUCUUGAAGUCAUCAAGAAGCUUUUCGAAACUGCUGAAGAGAAUGACCAGUUGGAAAAUUGCUGCGUGGCUCUCGAGGAAUCAGAAGCUCUAAGUAAUAUAGAGAACUUACAAGAACAUGAAAACAACGAGAUUUAUAAAUCUGCCUACGAAUUUAUAUCCAAGUACUUCAGUGGCUGUGAAGACGAAAAACCUGGUGAAGCAGCUCAAGGAGAUUCAGUACAAAGUCAAAUCCCCCUGGCAGAUCCAAACGAAUUUGCUUUCCAACCACCGACACAAUCUUAUCAUGAGUUUGACUUUUGA